AGUGUAUUAAUUGUAAGCUACAAGGAAAAUUCAAAGUCAGCUUCUCAGUUUGGACCUUACAAACAGGCAGAAUGGCGGCCUGACAGCAGCAUGAUAGCCGUCUCAACUGCAAAUGGAUACAUCUUAUUUUUUGAAAUUCCAUCAGCAAGAGACAAGUAUCUAUACGAACCUAUGUAUCCCAAAGGAAGCCCACAUGUAAAGGGAACCCCACAUUAUAAGGAGGAACAAUGUGCUCCUUCAUUAAAUUUAGAAAUGAAGAAAGUGCUGGACUUACAAGCAUCUAUCACAAGUUUGCAGUCUAUGUUAGAAGAUCUACUUGUUGCAACUGCGGAUGGAUUUCUCCAUCUCAUUCACUGGGAUGGCAUGAUCAAUGGAAGGAAGGCCAUCAACCUACACACAGUUCCAUUUUCUGUGGACCUACAGUCUUCUAGAGGUUCAUUUUUGGGCUUUGAAGGUGUUCAUAUCAGGGAUAUGGAGUACUGUGCCACGCUUGACGGSUUUGCUGUUGUUUUUAAUGAUGGAAGAGUUGGUUUCAUUACACCAAUGUCAAGCAGAUUCACUGCUGAGCARCUCCAUGGUGUUUGGGCUCAAGAUGUGACUGAUGGAACCUGUGUGGCAGUAAACAACAAAUACAGGCUAAUGGCGUUUGGAUGUGCCAACGGCUCUGUACAAGUUUAUACAAUAGAUGUCACCACUGGAGCCAUGCAAUUUUCUCAUAAAUUGGAGCUGACACCAAAACAGUAUCCUGAUAUUUGGAAUAAAACAGGACCUGUUAAACUUAUCAGAUGGUCACCUGACAGCUGUGUUGUAAUGGUGACCUGGGAAUGUGGAGGUUUGUCCUUAUGGAGUGUAUUUGGUGCUCAACUUAUCUGUACCUUAGGAGGUGAUUUUGCGUAUCGGUCUGAUGGAACCAAAAAAGACCCCCUAAAGAUCAGUUCUAUGAGCUGGGGUUCAGAAGGGUAUCAUCUGUGGGUGAUUGAUGGAAAUUGUUCUCAAAACACAAGGCCUGAGAGAGAUGCAAAGAAUGAAAGUCAGCAGUUUGGUAUUCUGCAGUUUCAGUUCAUCAAGAGUGCCCUCACUGUUAAUCCUUGUAUGAGUAACCAGGAACAAGUCCUCCUUCAAGGAGAAGAUCGCUURUAUUUGAACUGUGGAGAUGCCACACAAGCUCAGAGUCCCAGAAAUACUUCAGGACACCCUGAACACAAGCUUACCAGGGAAAGAGGUCCAUUUCCAGAGGGCAGUUUAGAUUCUCAGGGUUUAAGCACUUUAUUAGGACACAGGCAUUGGCAUGUUGUACAGAUUCACAGUACAUAUCUAGAGAGCAAUUGGCCUAUAAGGUUUUCAGCCAUUGACAAGCUUGGACAGAAUGUAGCUGUUGUUGGCAAGUUUGGUUUUGCACAUUAUUCUUUACUCACCAAAAAAUGGAAGCUGUUUGGAAACAUUACCCAGGAGCAAAAUAUGAUGGUAACAGGUGGCUUAGCGUGGUGGAAUGAUUUCAUUGUUCUUGCCUGCUAUAAUUUAAAUGAUCAUCAGGAAGAGCUGCGGAUCUACCUGCGGACGUCGAACCUGGACAACGCGUUCGCGCACAUCGCCAGGGUGCCGGCCGACACGCUGCUGCUCAGCGUCUUCCGCGACAUCGUCAUCCUCUUCAGGGGCGACUGCUCCAUCUGCCUCUACAGCAUCGAGAGGCGCCCCGAGGGUCUUAACCCUACUGCCAGUAUCCAGAUUCUUCAAGAAGUAUCCAUGUCCCGAUACAUUCCUCAUCCUUUUCUUGUAGUGUCUGUUACAUUGACCUCAGUGAGGACAGAGACUGGCAUCAGCCUGAAGAUGCCUCAGCAGGCCUGUGAGGCUGAAAGCAUUAUGCUGAACUUGGCUGGACAGCUCAUCAUGUUGCAGCGGGAUCGCUCCGGCCCCCAGAUACGAGAGAAGGAUAAUAAUCCUAACCAAAGGAAGCAUCUGCCGUUCUGUGCGCCGGUUGUUCUCGCGCAGUCUGUGGAGAACGUCUGGACCACGUGCAGGGUCAACAAGCAGAAGCGCCACUUGCUGGAGGCUCUGUGGCUCAGCUGCGGCGGGGCAGGUAUGAAAGUCUGGCUGCCCCUGUUCCCCAGAGACCACCGCAAACCACAUUCCUUCCUCUCGAGACGGAUCAUGCUGCCUUUCCACAUCAACAUAUACCCACUGGCUGUUCUGUUUGAAGAUGCCUUGGUUCUUGGUGCUGUUAAUGACACUGUGCUCUACGACUGUUUGUACACUCAAAGCAGUGCUAGAGAACACUUAGAGGUCCUCUUCCCUUUCUCCAUUGUUGAGAGAACCUCUCAGAUCUACCUCCAUCACAUCUUGCGCCAGCUCCUGGUUCGGAACCUCGGUGAGCAAGCCUUGCUGUUGGCCCACUCCUGUGCCACGUUACCCUACUUCCCUCACGUGCUGGAACUGAUGCUCCAUGAAGUGCUGGAAGAAGAAGCUACCUCGCGGGAGCCCAUUCCCGACCCUCUGCUUCCCACUGUGGCGAAGUUCAUUACAGAGUUCCCCCUCUUCCUGCAGACAGUCGUGCAUUGUGCUAGGAAGACAGAGUAUGCCCUGUGGAAUUACCUUUUUGCUGCUGUGGGGAACCCGAAGGACUUGUUUGAGGAGUGUUUAAUGGCCCAGGACUUGGACACAGCUGCCUCUUACCUUAUCAUCCUUCAGAAUAUGGAAGUUCCAGCAGUUAGUAGGCAGCAUGCCACCCUCCUGUUCAACACUGCUUUGGAGCAGGGAAAGUGGGAUCUUUGCCGUCAUAUGAUCAGAUUUCUUAAAGCCAUCGGGUCUGGAGAAACAGAGACGCCUCCAGCUACGCCGACACCUCAGGAACCUAGUUCAAGCAGUGGCUUUGAGUUCUUUCGACAUCGCAGCAUUAGCUUGUCGCAGUCAGCAGAGAAUCUCCACAACAAAUUCAACCUGACCAAGACGCUGAGCAUGCCCUCUGGCCCGUCUGGGAAGAGGUGGAGCAAGGACAGCGACUGUGCUGAGAACAUGUACAUCGACAUGAUGCUGUGGCGACACGCACGGCGCCUGCUCGAGGAGAUCAAGCUGAAGGACCUGGGCUGCUUCGCGGCGCAGCUGGGCUUCGAGCUCAUCGGCUGGCUGUGCAAGGAGCGCGCCAGGGCCGCCCGCGUGGAGGACUUCGUGCUUGCCCUGAAGAAGCUGCACAAGGAUUUCCUCUGGCCUUUCCCCGUCAUACCGGCCUCCUCCCUUAACUCGCCCUUCAAGAACGGAAAGUACAGGACAGCCAUGGGGGAACAGCUGUUGAAGUCCCAGUCUGCAGACACCUUCCUCAACGUGGAAGUGGAAGCAGGGGUUCCGAGCGCGCCCCGGAGCCGCAGCUGGCUGGGCGCCAUGGGCCCCGCUCCCAGGGAGAUGGACACGGCCUCGUCGCACGGGCCCCACAUGCAGGACGCCUUCCUGUCCCCUCUGCUGAGCAAAGGUGAUGAGUGCAGYAUUGGUUCAGCAACAGACCUGACCGAAACCAGUUCAAUGGUGGAYGGGGACUGGACCAUGGUGGAUGAAAACUUCUCCAGCCUAAGCUUGACGCAGUCGGAGCUUGAGCAUAUCUCUCUGGAACUGGCUAGUAAGGGGCCACACAAGUCGCAGGUCCAGCUCCGGUACUUGCUGCAUAUCUUCAUGGAAGCAGGGUGUCUGGACUGGUGUGUUGUCAUUGGCCUUAUCCUCAGAGAAUCCUCCGUGAUCAGCCAGGUUUUCAGUAUAAUGCAGUCCUCCGAUAUUGAYGGGGACCUCUGUCGGAACAUAAAGACUGGUCUACAUGCUGUUGACAAAUGGGCUUCCACGGAUUGCCCUGGGUACAAGCCAUUUUUAAAUAUCAUCAAACCACAGAUCCAGAAACUAAGUGAAAUAGCAGAAGAGCAAGUGCAGCCGGAAGCCUUCCAGCCYGUGAAUCCUUCCAAGGUUGUAGAACAGGCAAAUCCCAGAGCUGAGGAGACCAGGACCUCGUCCAGCCAUUGCACUAAUCCUCAGAGCGACGCAGGGAGCAGCAGCACCGCACGACACGAGGAGGACAAGUCCAGGGCAGAGGAGGAAGAGUCAUUCCUAGAAGGUGGUUAUGACUGCAUCGUGUCUUAAAUGAAAGAUGACUUCUCGAGCAUCAGGUGUGUAAGGAAGCAAACCAGCUUUUAGACAUGCUUCCGUGGACUUCUGAACUUCUUAAAAAUAUAAUUUCAGUCUUUGAAAUCUGCUGUGGGGAUAAUACAACUAAAAAGCAGUUUCAUUUAGUAAUUUCAAAAGUUUCUUUUGAAACUUUUUUUUUUUGCAAGCUUCAGAAUACAGCUUUCACUUGUUAAGUGUUGAGAGAUAGCGAAUACCUAUGUAGACAGCUUCAACUAAUAUUCAUCAGUUCCUCUGCAUCAAAAAACACAUGUUCUGGAGAACCUUCAUCAUUAGUACCUCCAGCUGGAGUAUAAAAGGUAAACGGAAGACAAAAUUUCAGUUGUUAUCCUUCCCAGCUUGCCUGUUUUCCUUAUGAAUUGCAAAUACAUAGAAACUAGACAGAAUGCUGUUUGACUGCCUCAAAGAAAAGUCUGAUCAAUGCAGUUCAGAUUGUGGUUUGAUAUCAGUAAGAUUUUGUAUUAAAGUACUGCAAAGUAUAUUGUAUGUUUUUGUGAAUACUCCUGUAUAAAUACUCACAGUUGUACCGCAUUUGCAGGUACCCCUAUGUACUGUGCAUGUUUCUGGGUUACAAGUAAAGUGGAAGCGGAGCUGCGCCUCCCUGGGGAUGAGGAGGCACUUUCCUGUCCCAGCCGUGACACGAGGUGGCUUUUCCUUUUCUGCUGCCACUUACAGAUCCUAGGGUUGGGCUUAGGGGAUUGCUAAAAGAUAUUUAUUUCACUUGUAAAUUCUUUUCUGAAAAAAAAAGGACAUUUUUAGUGUAAAUAGUCGCUUAUCAUGUAUUCUUGCUACUAAAGUUCAGUUAAACAGCGCAUACUUAAAAGUUUUUUUCAAACAUUUUAUAAUCUGUAUACUUGUAACUAAGACUUCAACUUUCAAACACUGUUUAGGAAAGCUGGCUGCAGAACUCUGUUGCUUUGAGGUACUUACUUUUUCUAGCUGUUCUCCCUAUAUAAUAACUACCUGUAACAGUAUUAAUGUAGGUAUUAGUUUGUUUGUACUGUGCAAUCUGAACAAAAAUGCAACAUUGCUCAUUUUAUACAAAUACUAGUUUAUUUUUUUAUAACAUCACUGAUACUAACAUGGACCAAACCAGUCAUCAAAGGGUAGUUUCAGCAUCUGUCAUUUUUCUAGUAUAUUGCUAAAUAUAAAUCUGCUUGAAUUCUGAAAAUUAAGAGCUUUCAUAAUUAAGUUGAAAUACAUAGUGGUUUUGUUUACUUGUCUAUUUCUUUUGCAGACAGGAUUAAGUGCUUUGAAAUGUACAAAUAUUGAAGUAUUGCUUUAGAAUGGCUUUACUAAGCCAGCAAAACCAGUAAAAGAAGUGCAAUAAUUGUGUUACUUGGCAAGCUGGAGAUUAAUGGAUGCAACUUGAAUUUCCACUUUGAAGAGAUGAAACUCUUAGGUGCAAGUUAGUUACAGCAAAAACCUCCAGUUCAAGUCCCAGCAUUAAGUUUAGUCUGCAUUGUAGAUACUG